GCAUGCUGGGAUGUGUGUAACGCACACAGGUCGGGAAUGGCGUGUUAAGGAGCGCGCACACGCACACCCUCACAAGAACACACACACUCUCUCUCUGUAGGCGCGCGAACAGCUCGCGUGUGUGUUGCGGCGUCGCGCAGGAACUCAACGGGAGCUCGACCUUGACAGACUGAGAGACCAUCACCAUCCUCCUCAUCCUCAUCCUCGGCGCCAGCUCCACUUCAGCGCGCUUGAAGCUCAGCUGGCACUUCCUGGGGUGUAAGGGACUGCUGCUGUCACGAUGGACGCCCAAUCACAAGGCCAGCAGCCGCCGGUGCCAGUGUUUCAGCCACAGAAAAUCCAGCAGGAUAUGGGCUAUAACAAUUUAGCCAAUUUUCACAUUGAAAAGAAGAUCGGAAGGGGGCAAUUCAGCGAGGUUUAUCGUGCUACAUACAUGCUAGACCAUACACCGGUAGCUUUGAAAAAAGUGCAGAUAUUCGACUUGAUGGAUGCCAAAGCUCGGCAAGAUUGCAUCAAAGAAAUAGAUCUCCUGAAGCAAUUGAACCACCCCAAUGUAAUUAAAUACCACGCGUCAUUCAUUGAGGAGAACGAGCUAAAUAUAGUACUGGAACUCGCAGACGCCGGGGACCUCUCACAAAUGAUAAAGCAUUUCAAGAAACAAAGACGGCUGAUUCCUGAGAAGACAGUAUGGAAGUACUUUGUUCAGCUGUGUAGCGCACUGGAGCACAUGCACUCCCGCCGCGUCAUGCACAGAGACAUUAAACCCGCAAACGUCUUCAUCACAGCCACUGGAGUGGUGAAACUGGGCGACUUAGGCUUGGGACGCUUCUUCAGUUCCAAAACAACUGCAGCUCAUUCUCUAGUGGGCACCCCAUAUUACAUGUCUCCCGAGCGAAUACACGAAAACGGAUAUAACUUCAAAUCUGACAUCUGGUCGCUAGGCUGCCUGCUCUAUGAGAUGGCCGCCUUGCAGAGUCCAUUCUACGGGGACAAAAUGAACCUCUACUCACUGUGUAAAAAGAUUGAGCAGUGUGACUACCCACCACUACCGUCUGACCAUUACUCUGAACAGCUGCGAAAACUGGUAGAUAUGUGCAUCAACCCCGACCCAGAGAAAAGGCCCGACAUCACCUACGUAUACGGCAUCGCCAAACACAUGCACGCCCUGACGGCCGCAAACUGAGUCUGCUACCCAAUUCCUCUUGCUUCUACUUUUAAGACCUUCGUCUGGCCCACAAAUGUCAUUUAAAGCUUGUUUUGCUCUGUCGUAAUACAACCUGGCAUCUUCUAGUACCAAAAACGCAACGUAAACAAGGCCUUAAAGACACAAACGACCGUUGACCUUUACACAAAGCACUUCUAAGAAAAAUAAGCAGUGUUGUAAACUGGUUUGACUUGAUUUUAACUCUCCGAUAUGGCGGUGCUGCAAUAUGCGACGAUCGCAUAUACACCUCCAUUUGUUUUUCUGUCAUUAGCAUGAAAGUCUGAUUUGUUUUUAAGCUCCCACAAGAACUUUUUCACAGCAAAACUUAUGAGAAAAACAUCUCUAUAAAAAUUCCCCCUAAAAAGCGACUUUGUCGCAUUCGAAAUUUCAUAGGUUUGUCGUCCUGUUACAAGAGGAUGACAUCAUAGUGGUAUUUGUCGGCAUUUCCGUAGACUAAAUAAUUAGUCCGUAUCGAAACCUCAGCAUUUUUGUACUCGUGACUCUAUAAAACCACACAUUCAAUCCAAGUAUUUCCAAUCCGUCCUUUCCACACCUAUUUAUUGCAAUACUUCUCGAAGCAGUUCAAAAUGCGUUAAAUAAAUCAUAGAGCACAACAAUACGUUUGCGUUCGCCAGAUAUCGCAUUCAGGAUGAAGUCCGUUUUGUCUGUAGGAGAUUAUCCCCAGUAUCCGCACCUGGUACGGCUGAUACUUGAACUUUAAUAAAUGAUUAAUGCAAAGGCCUCACUUGCAAUGCAGUAACUUAUAAAUAUUCACACAUCCUUCACAGUGCCUUGUUCUGCACUUCAGAAAACGCAAAAACAGUGCCUUUCUUCCUGUAAACCGAAACGCGUUUUUAUACCGAAUUGGCAACGAUUACAUCAUGCGAAACAACCGGUGUCGAGCUUCCUGAAAGAGGUACGUUUACACGACUUUUUUUUUUAACAAUGCAAGGAUUCCGCUACGUUCGCCGAAACGUUUUGACCUCUUCCGGACUGUAAUCUCCGUGCUCCUUUGCUGCUUUCCAGAACGUGGCUUGUGAUCUUUGGCAGACUCGGUCUAAUAUGAGUUACACAAGCGUAUGAAGUUAUACUAUAAUGACAGCAGCUAUUUCGCAGCACCUUUUGCAGACAGUAUGAUUUGCUGUGAUAGUACCAAGUAUAAAAUGGUAUGUUUUUUCUAACUUUAGUCAAGAGCAUUUUUAGUGUUUACCUAUUGUUUUUUUCCCAAUAAUCACUUUUUUUCUUGUCUUUUGUUAACACGAUAACAGAUACGCUUGUUGCCUUAUCGAUAACAGUUAUGUAUUUAUCUUGACAAGGCCUGUUUCCAGCGAGAUCUGGAUCUGAAGCACACAAAUCGGACGCUCACUGUCUACCAGACUGUACUCUGUAUACUUUCACCCAAAUCAUUUGGGAGGGGAAGGAAAGGCAACUUUUUAUUUAUUUGUCUUUUUUGACGGUUUAUUUGAACAUGUUUAACAUUCAAGAUGCACAUUAAUUCUUUAUAUGCUAAUUGAAAUGAAAUAAACUGAAAUGACUUAAAGCUUUUA